UAUAAAAUCCUUAGAGAAAAGUUUACAGUGGGAGGGUGUGGACAGGUGAUCCAUUAUGCGUACUUCACAAACAACAAAGAAGGAUGGAGAAAUGAGAGGGAAGUGAUGAUGGUAGGUACUUGCUUCAAGGGUUGCUAAACAAUGAUGGCAGGACUUCAACUUGCUUUCUACUCAAACUUCAUAGAUAUGGACAAAACCAUCUGGAUUUAAAGUUGAACAUCUCAGUUCAUUUCCACCACCAUGUGAGGCAGGACUUGAGAGAGGUUUCUUCAACAUGGCAUGCUUUGAUAGGGUGUCGCCCGCGCUCAGGGAGAUCCUGCUCAAGUUAUAUCGCGCUGAGAAGCCUGUGGAGAUUGACCAUCACUUGUAUGAAUUUGGGUCUGUGGAAUACCAUGUUCAGUCUUCAGCAGCUGAUCCACAACAUAACUACUUGUCAAUAUCAACUCCACUACUGUCCCAAGGAGCCCUGCUAUCAUACGGGUUGUCAUCAUACACCAUGCAGAUGGUAAAACAAGUUUGCUCGGAUGCUGUGGAGAUUGUUGAACCAGGCUGUCAAAUUUCCACACUUCAUAACCAUGCUGAUACGUAUUUUCCUUUUCCAGACUCUGAAAAAGUGAUUACACAAAUUUCUUCAGUGCAAGCAGUAAUACUAAGUUCCCAGCUGAAAGAAAUGUUGAGAAAUGUCAAUUCCCAGGAUACAUCCCAAGGAAUGAAUAAGCCAAUUAAACUUGUCUAUCACCCAAGGGAGCCCUUCUAUGUCAUCAGACAGCCACAAAAAAUCACAGCAGUAUUCCCAAUGCGUUUUAGAGAGCACUCAGAUGUGAUUAUUGCGACGGCCUUCUUUCAGGAACUCAUGGAUGUGGGCAGCUCAGAAAAAUGGGCUAAAGCUCCACCUUGCACCUGGUCACCCAUUCCUCCACCAGAACUGAGAGGAGAACCUUUAGAAGAUUUAAGCACCAAUGGAGGGUUUGUCUGUUUUGAUAUCUCUUCACACCAUGUUGAAGGUAAAAAACUAGACAAAACUGUAUGGAGUCUAUUAAACUUCUAUGCCUACGUGAAAAACCACGUAAAGUGCACCAGAGGUUUCAUACAAAGAAGGAUGCAAAAGCGUUUGGAAAGUUUGGUUGAGGUCUUGCACGAGGAGAAAUUGCAAGAGAAUGGAAAUGUUAAAAAGGUCAAAGCACAUGCAGAAAGCAGGUAUGGUGGAAAACUGGUAAGCUUAUCAAAACCAAAAAACUUCAAAAGAAGAUGUCGUGAUUUAACCAGGAAGAUCAUGCAAAUUCGUUUUCGGAUUAAAAUCCAUGGAUUUCGGCAUUUUCGUAGACGAUGGUUGACAAUCCCAAAGUUCUCUUCUCCACUGGGAUAUACUAAACUACAAUAAUUUAAACUUCAUGUUACAUAUUCUUGUUUUCAGUUAUGAGAUGUACUUUUGUGCAAUAUGUGAACUUCUAUCAUAACCUGUGUUUGUCUUGUAGAAGAACAUCAAAGAUGCAUGUUGCUCUAAUCUACUAAGGUUGUGACAAUAGCAAUAUAGCAAUUUCAAGAGUCAUCAGGCCUAUCAUUAAAUGUAUCUAACCAUAUUGACAAUGACACUGUAAAGAGAAGUUUGAAGUUCAUAUCA